AUUGUCAGCACACCCGUCUAUUGAAGUGAUGUAAUGAUCUGGUACUAGGAGUCCCAUGGCGUUAAGAAUAGACAGGCGUGACAGUGACCUAGCAUCAUAAGGCCUUUCAGUGGAAUAACAACCUUAAAUCAACAUGGUAAGAGCAAUACUGUUAGUGUUUUGUGUGUGUUGAGGCAUUUCGUUAGCAGGCUAUGCAGUUUAUAGUAUAUUAUGUAUUUACUACUAUUUAUUAUUUUCACAAUGACUGUAGUAGUGGCAUCUUUUGCCAUUAUGAUAUGUAUUUGUUGUGGUAGAUACUCUCAAGUGAAAAGAUAGCUGCCAGUGCAAUAGUCCUACUGGGUAUCGUCGGUGUCACCUCAGCAAGUGAAGGUAUGUUUUGGUUGGUAGGCUAUGGAAAAUAAUGAAUAAUUUAGGAUACUACCAGUUAUGAUUAUUUAUUUGUAUCACAUGACUUUUUAUUGAAGAUACAGAAAGUAAUGUCAUACAAUUGUUGUUGGUAAAAUCCCAAAUAGUAGAUUCAAUAGCUCAUAUCAUGUUACUUUCAAAGCAUUACGUGUGCAUACAGUGAGGGAAAAAAGUAUUUGAUCCCCUGCUGAUUUUGUACGUUUGCCCACUGACAAAGACAUGAUCAGUCUAUCAUUUUAAUGGUAGGUUUAUUUGAACAGUGAGAGACAGAAUAACAACAAAAAAAUCCAGAAAAACUCUGUUCAAGUAAACGUACAAAAGUGAAAAAUUCCUCAAGUGAAAAAUUCCCUUUUAACUCAUGUUUUUCAAUGUUGCACUUCUCAGAGAGAAGUCAUGUGUCCUAAUUGCUCUCAUGUAAAUCUGUUUUUAUACUGCUGUCACCGUGGUACAACAUAGUGACCGUCAAGAGGUUUGGACCUCUAACGGUUAAGGUGUUGGACUGACAGUCACAGGAACCCAGGUUAAAGUCCCAGUCAGUUAAUUUGCUACAAUACCAUUGUCAUCUUCACCAGUGACUGCUCUAAGAUGAUGAUGAUGAUAAUGUUAUUGUUGUUGGUAUUGUUUGUGGUGUUGUUUACAGUUGGCCUGGGCAGGAAGGUACUGGUCUUCCCGUAUGAGACGGACUUCAGCUUCGUGGCGCUCAUCCCCCAGAAGGAAAUGGGCCUGCGCGCAUUCACGCUGUGUAUGCGCGUGGCCACUGAGCUGGAAGGCGAGCGGCAGAUCAUCCUGUUCGCCUACCGCACCCCUGACUACGACGAGCUCAACGUGUGGCGCGAGAAAGAUGGCCGCGUCGCCUUCUACCUGAGCGGCGAUGGCGCUUUCUUCCACCUGCCGCCCAUCACCACCUUCAGAACAAGUCUCUGCCUCACCUGGGAGUCCCGUACCGGGCUGGCUGCCUUCUGGGUGGAUGGCCGCCGCAGUACCUACCAGGUGUACAAGCCGGGCCACACUAUCCGGCCCAAGGGGACCGUCCUCUUGGGGCAAGAUGCGGACAAACACCUUGGAGACCUGGAGGCUUUGCAGAGCUUUGUGGGGGAGGUGACCGACCUCAACAUGUGGGACUAUGUCUUGCCGAGGAGACAGAUCCAAGCCCUGCAUUACGGACAUAAGAUAACCAAGGGAAACAUCUUUGACUGGGCCACCAUUGAGUACCAGCUGAACGGGAAUGUGAUGGUGGUGGAUGAUGACUGACUCGGAGUGGAAUCGCGAACAAAUGUGGAUGUGAUCCAUUUGUGUGUCUGUGCCGGACUUCUAAUUACCUUUUUGUUUAGUUUGGUCUUCUAGAUUUAGUCACCUUCACACCUUAUGUAGUCAAUGAACUAUGCUCACUCACAAAAUAUCAGUGGUUCAUAAGAAAUUAUCGACUUACAUUUUGUGAGCAUUAAAUAGUCUAUGCAGAUCAAAACCAGUUGAUUCCUAAAGAUCCUUCACCAGGCAGGCACAUGUAUAGCACUACCCUCUUUCAACACAAUUAUUCUUUAGAAAUUCACUAUUCAUAGGAUGGAUACAGUAUGUCCAUUCACCUACUGCAUGGAUGGUGAGAUUAACCAUAUUUUAUAAGCAUUGCAGUCAUUAUGUUAACUUAUGGAACAAGAUGUGAAAAUGUGGUAACUAUUAUUUCACAGUAGAAGUUUAUUGGUCGCCUCUUGCAACCUGCUAAUUAUCAUAAAUGUUCAGUACAAUUUACGUACAGUAUGAAAAUUAAGCUGUUAUUUAGUUACAGAGCUUAUGUAUUUGUUGCUCUCAGCAUGAUUUUCUUUUUUAUGUGGCCUUGUAUGCCAGGCUCCUAGGGCUUUAUACAUUUGUCACGUGGCUGGUGAGCACUAAUUUCAAUGGAAUUUAUUGUUGAUGUACCCGAAUUAACCACAUGGUGGCAGUAUAUGCUAGUCUUUAUUCAGUGAGCAACGAAUAAGACAUUACAUAUUUGUUUAUUUGGAUCCCGAUUAGCUUUUGAAAAUGCAGCAGCUACUCUUCCUGGGGUCCACAAAAAAACACAACAUGACAAGUAACAAAGCACUGAUACACAAGGACAGUCCCACAAAUGUAUAAUACAACGAUAUACAAACAAUACAACAAAAUAAUUAUACAAACAUUACAACUAAAAGAUGAUGUGUGUGUUAGAGUGUGUUUGUGUGUGUCCCCUCACACAAACACACAAAUGGUGUGACAUUCUUAUGCUCAAGAUUUCAAUUGCUUUUGUUCCCACUAAUGGCUUAAUUGAAUCUGUUUUACAUUAGAGCUGCAAUGUUAAAAUCAAGCAUGUCCUUUUAAUUCUUUGAUAUUGAUUUUAUUCUUAAAAAUUAACAAUAGUGUUACCCUAUUUUUACAAUUCUUUAUGGAAAACAGGAUGAGCGAACAAGUGAGCGUGAAAGGGUGUGAAUGAAAGCAUAAAAGAGAAGGACGAUUCAUUAUUUUUAUACUUAAUAAUUUAACUGUGCGAUAUUUAACCAUUGCCAUAAUGUUGCCUUUGGUUAGCACACUCCCUCAUAAAGUGUCUAUGUUUA